AGUAGGUGGUCCCUUCCGCACCUUCCUCGCUGUUCUGCAAAUGGCUUCUCUCCCUAAGGCAGAGCGCUAGGAUUUUCCCGUUCGCUCUCGGCUUUUCAGGAGCCCCGCGCUAAGGAUGAGCGCCGAGGAGAACCCAGCUAGCAAGCCCACGCCGGUGCAGGACGUGCAGGGCGACGGGCGCUGGAUGUCCCUGCACCAUCGUUUUGUGGCAGACAGCAAAGAUAAAGAACCCGAAGUCGUCUUUAUCGGAGACUCCUUGGUCCAACUAAUGCACCAGUGUGAGAUCUGGCGGGAGCUCUUCUCCCCUCUACACGCACUUAAUUUUGGCAUUGGUGGUGACAACACACAGCAUGUACUGUGGCGGCUAGAGAAUGGGGAGCUGGAACACAUCCGGCCCAAGAUUGUGGUGGUCUGGGUGGGCACCAACAACCAUGGGCACACGGCAGAGCAGGUGGCUGGCGGCAUCAAGGCCAUUGUGCACCUGGUGAACCAGCGGCAACCUCAAGCCCGGGUAGUGGUGCUGGGCCUGCUUCCAAGAGGCCAGCACCCCAAUCCACUUAGGGAGAAGAACCGACGGGUGAACGAGCUGGUACGGGCAGCGCUGGCGGGCCAUCCACGGGCCCACUUCCUGGAUGUGGUGCAUUGAGACGGCACCAAAAGCCACCAUGACAUGUACGAUUACCUGCAUCUGAGCCGCCUGGGCUACACACCUGUCUGCCGGGCCCUGCACUCCCUGCUUCUGCGCCUGCUGGCCCAAGACCAGGGCCAAGGUGUCCCUCUACCGGAGCCCACACCCUAAGCACCCUGCUUUGUCACAUUAAAUUCUCCUUCCAGUCUCA